AUCUUCAUUCACAGCUUUCAGGAAAGAAUCAACUUCCUCCUUCGUUAAGAUACACCAAAACCAGAGAGUUUCAGAGGAGAGAGAAGAGAGAGAGAGAAGUGAUAAUUUUAGAGUGAGAAAGAGAGACGAACACAUCUCUAGAGAAGAAAACACAUUGCACUUAAUCUCAGCCGAGCCAGAGAUUGCAGAUUUUGGGUUUGGUCUACGAGAGGAAGCAGAAGGACUUUUUCCUCUUUACUGCAGUACAUGGGUUCAUUGACAGAAACGGCACAUGAGAGAAAUUACAGCAAGCCUCCAGGAAUUAAGUUUCUGGAGCACAUAAAAAAGUCCACCCUUUCCUUCAAAACCCACCAAGCCAUUAUCCUAAUUGUGACUUUUUUGGCAUACGCUAGCUACCAUGCUGCUAGGAAAACCACAAGUGUUGUCAAGAGUUCUCUUGAUCCCCAAUCCCCUGAUGUGGGAUUGAAAUCUGCACCAUGGAGGAUUAGUUAUGUUAGUGAACCGGCAGAAAGCAGAAGGCUUUCUUGGGUGCUUGGUGAUGGUUGGGCUCCAUUCAAUGGACUGGACGGGACAUCCCUUCUUGGUGAACUCGACGUGGCGUUCCUCGCUGUUUAUGCCAUUGGAAUGUAUUUUUCUGGUCACUUGGGGGAUAGAAUGGAUUUGAGGAUCUUUUUGACGAUAGGAAUGAUAGGAACAGGUGUGUUCACUUCCUUUUUCGGAUUGGGGUACUGGGGGAACAUCCAUAGUUUUUACUAUUUCCUUAUAGCUCAAAUGAUUGCUGGUCUGUUCCAAUCAACUGGAUGGCCUUCAGUCGUCGCGGUGGUCGGUAACUGGUUUGGGAAGAAGAAGAGAGGGCUGAUUAUGGGGAUAUGGAAUGCUCACACUUCCGUUGGAAACAUCACGGGAUCUUUGCUUGCUUCGGCUUUAUUGAGCUAUGGAUGGGGCUGGUCCUUUGUUGUGCCUGGUCUCUUAAUAGCAUUCAUUGGUCUGGUGGUUUUCUUCUUCUUACCUGUUAGUCCUGAAUCUGUUGGAGCUGUAAAAGAAGAAGAUGAAGUGGAUUCUCUGGAGAAGAGUGGAGAGGUGCUCGCAGAACCGUUGUUGUUGAGGUCGGACAGAGAGAGUAAAGAGAAAGCUGUGGGGUUCAUUGAAGCAUGGAAGAUUCCUGGAGUUGCUCCUUUUGCUCUUUGCCUCUUCUUUGCCAAAUUGGUUGCUUAUACAUUCCUCUAUUGGCUUCCUUUCUACAUUAGUCACACAGCUAUUGAUGGCAAGUACUUGUCCAAUGAGACUGCUGGAAACUUGUCUACAUUGUUUGAUGUCGGAGGUGUUGUUGGAGGAAUCCUAGCCGGUCACAUUUCUGAUCGUUUAGACGGGAGAGCAAUAACAGCGGCGAGUUUCAUGUAUUGUGCUAUUCCUGCUCUCUUCUUCUACCGAAGCUAUGGACAUACUUCCUUGACUAUAAACAUUGCCCUUAUGUUCAUAACCGGCGUGUUUGUGAACGGGCCAUAUGCUCUCAUAACAACGGCCGUAUCGGCUGACCUGGGAACACAUAGCUCACUGCAAGGGAACUCGCGAGCACUCGCGACCGUAACGGCAAUUAUAGAUGGAACAGGCUCUGUUGGGGCUGCAAUUGGACCCUUGUUGACAGGCUACAUUUCUGCCAAGAGCUGGAGCUUAGUUUUCACAAUGCUGAUGGGAUCGGCUCUAAUUGCAGGGCUGCUUCUUACUAGACUUGUUGUGUCUGAGGUGGCUGAAAAAAUCGCUUUGACGGCGACGAGAACUUCAUCUGCGGAUGAUGAGGUGUGAUACGGCAUUAGUUUGUUAGGAACUGUAAUUAUGUUUGAUUGUUGUGUGAUUCCUUGGACUGGCCAAAUCCUUCAAGACCAGUGCGUGUUAAAAUGAAAUAUGAGAUCUUUCUUAUGGUUAAAGAAAGGAGAAGAUUUUUUUAGCCUUCUCCGUAGUUCUACUUCAGCAAUUGAGGGGAAAAUUCGGUGGAAAAGGAGCAAAAGGGAGGUGGACUAGAAGAUAGUCAUUGUAUUAUAUCUGUUUGUACAUUUUUUUUUUGUAUGUUACAUCAAUUUAUGCAAGAUUUCAAAAAA